AUACAGACCGAGUACCUUAGUACAACGGCGCUGCCGUCAAAUUUCAUUUCCAGCUGGUGCGUGAUCGGCUAUGUUCUUUACAGUAUUUACAUUUUAUCCGCACGUUGUUAUUGUUGUUUCUCAUUAAUAUUAUUUUUUUGUGUUUCAUUUGCCUAGGAACUUUCGUGGUUGUUAUCACGUACGUCGCCUAUCGCAGUAUUUAUUGUCUGCUGUACUCUACCCUACGAUACAUGUGCCGUUUCAGCAUUACCGUUCCGAUUUUAUCCAGAUUAUAUCAUUGUUUUUAUUGUUAUACGAACUGUUGUAUUCGAAUUUAUUGUUCACUUUAUCGUGCUGUUUUCGAUACUUCACGUGACGGUCGUACCUAGAAGACGAUUAAAAACUGUAUUAUUGAGUGAGAUGAAAUACGGUGAAAAUGUGGUGCUUUGUGAGUCAACCGAACGCCGUUGUGAUAGAAGUCAGACUAGACCAUAAAGCUAAGGGACUAGAAUGCCUAGAAAAGGUUUGUGAAUGUUUGGGAAUAAAUAAAGAAUGUGAUUACUUCGGAUUGCAGUAUAAAACAGUAAAAGGUCAAGAUGUAUGGUUAAAUUUAAGAAAUCCUAUAGAAAAUCAAGUGGGUGGUGUUCACCCAUAUCGCUUUGCUCUCAGAGUUAAGUUUUGGGUUCCUCCUCAUUUAUUACUACAAGAUUCUACCCGCCAUCAAUUUUAUUUGCACGCCAAGUUAGAAUUAUUUGAAGGUCGUUUAAAACCAACUGAUAGCCAAGCUAUUUGUAAGGCUAUAGCUUUAUUGGCUCAAGCUGAAUUUGGUGACUGUGAUGAUUUAGUGCUGUCACAGUUUUACUCUCAAUGGUGUGAACACUUAGGCAUACCUAUAGACGAUGAAGAAUCAAUUAAUUUAAUUAAAAAACUACACUCUGAAAUAAAGGGUAUGAAGCAAUCUACUGCCGAAUAUUGGUUAAUCAAAGAAGUAUCUGGCUUAGAAAAUUUUGGAGAAGAAUUAUUUGAAGGGAGAACUACUAAUGGUUCACCUGUUUUAGUGGGUGUUGGCCCACAUGGUGUGAGUUUAGAACAACCAGAUUUACCGGACCAAGAAAAACAAAUGAUUCCAUACACAGCAAUACGGAGUGCAGCUAGUCAUAGACGGGUGUUUGAAAUGUGGUAUUUGGCUGGCGUUGAACAUUCCGAAACAUUAAUUGUGUUAAAACUAGAAUCUAGUCUAGGGGCUAAUACUCUAUAUAGAGCUUUAACAGAAAAACAUGCUUUCUACAGUUGUGAGACUGUUAGAGGUGCUGUCACUUCACAAUAUAUUAGAGAUCUCAAGGGUACAAUCAUAUCAAUAUUUAAUGAAGAUUCACCAUUAGGUAAAAAAUAUGUAUUUGACAUUCAACGAACUUGUAGAGAAGUACACGAUAAUGCUCGUCGUGCAUUAUAUGAUCAACAAAACAAGAUUAUUCCUCUUAGCCCAUCAGUAACAACAAGUGUAGCUGAACCAGAAUCAUCAAAUACAAAAGAUAGUUAUAGAUUAGCUAAAUUAAUUGAUGCACUUACUUGUAGAAUUUGUAUGGAUGCUACUAUUGAUCAUGUUUUUUUUCCUUGUGGUCAUGUUAUUGCAUGUGGGACAUGUGCAAAACGCUGUGAAGCAUGUCCACUAUGUCGUGGUGUUAUUGAAGAAUCAAGACAUGUAUUUAUACCUACAUUAGCUGAUUUACCUAAUUUUCAUCAUCAGUAGUAGCUGAAGAGUCUUAUUUAAUUCGUGGUAUCUAAUGAAUGUACUACAUUAGUAUUGACUUCAGAUAUACACGUCUGUGAUAAUAUAUUUUUGUAUCAAAACUUCCUAUACUUUCAUACUUAUUUAUUUUUGUAAUUUUUUCAUUAAGUUUUUUUUUUAAAAGUAUUAUUAAAACAUGAUAGAACAUUUGAUUCAUUCUUCAUUUAUUAUUUUAUUAUUUAAUAGUAUAUUAAUUUUUAAGAAUUAUGUUACUUUUACUAUGAAUGCCCAUAAUAUGUAUUAAAUUGAUUUAUGUUACCAAUAAGAUAUUAAUAUUAUUAAGUCAUUAAUGACAUAGUUGUUAAUUUUAUAUUUGUGAAGUAUGUACAAUUAAAUGAAAAGCUACAAAAAAAUAUUAACAAUUAGAAUUUUAAUUUAAGAUUUUGUUGUAAAUUUUAUUAAUGUAAAAACAAAACACUUUUUUAAAAUGCUCAUUCAUAAUAUCUAUUGUUAUACUAACAUUAUUAUGUAUAAUUUUGUUUUUUGUUAAAAUAUUUAUAAAUAAUAAAAUUAAUGACAAAAUUA